UCUUAUCUAGACUUAAGAGGAUGCCGACAAAAAGAACAAACUUUAAGAGCAUAAUUAACCCAAACUCUUAAUUUAGAGUUUUUAAUUCAGGAUUUGAUAUUCUUUUUACAUCUUUAGGUUAAAAUUCGGUUAUUAUAUCUCUUAUUUAAAAGAUGAUUUUUAUCUUUUAUUAAUUAAAAACUAAAAAACGAUUUUUAUUCGAAGCUAAAAACUCUAUUCUAGGAGUCCGGGUUAAUUAUGAUCUAAAAAGAUGUGUAACUGGGUUUCUUGGAUCUUAUAGAUUAGUAAGGAUACCGUUUAUUUUUAUAAAAAUGAUCUUAACAAUUUUAAUUACAUUUUGUUUGAUUACUUUUAUCAUCGAGAAAAAAGGAGUAGUAAAAGAAGAAAGUAAAAGAAACAUUUGGACCGUUGGAUUAGAGGGAGUUGUGCCGGGGUUCGCUGCGCCAAUGAUGGUGGACUGGUGGGGAUAUCUAACGGUCACAACAUGGGGGCCCAUAUAAUGACAUCUCUCAGUAAUGGUUUAUUUACAAUUUCUUUACAAAAAUUACCGUUGAAACUUGGACGUGAAAAGAAAAAGGGAAAAAUAUGAAAAAGAUGUAAAAUAUCAAUCUGAUGAAUAUUCACAUCUGAUAAAUCAUAACUUAAAAUAGUUAGUUUUGUUGAAAAACCUUUCAUUACAUUGACGAAUUAAGAGUUUAAGACUAUGGUUAGACACAUAUUGUACAUUUACUUUUUGAAAUAAUUUUUACAUUCUUAGCAAAAAAAAUGGUUAUAAAAUAUUUUGAGAUUUCCAAGUUAAAAAAAAAAAAAAAAAAUUCAUUGUUAUUCGCAUACAGUUGAUUUAUAUACAUCUUUCUUUGCUUUCGUUUCUCUCUUGUGUUCCUUCUUUUAGCACUGUCGUGACUCCUAGCUCAACCAUCUUAUGAUCACAUAACCUCUUCAUAGAAAGCCCUUCUCCCUCGUUGCUGCCGCAAUCUCCGUUGCUCCCCAUUAUGUGGCUGUUAUCAUCAAAUAUAUCGAGACUCUUUGACCCGGUGUUUUUAAACCCGGACUGAACCGGCGGUCGGACCGGAUUGAACCAUGAACCGAAAAUAAUUCGGAUUGGGUUAAUGCUAAAACACAACUAAAAUUGAACCAGUUAAAAACCCCUAUCGAACCGUCAAAAACACGGGAACCAGCGACCCAAUAAACCGGACAAACCCCGGUUCGUAUAUAAGCAAAAAUUUUGUUAAUGAAACAAUUAAUUUUUCUUCUUUUUGAGUAAAAACAAGAUUUAUUAAAGAUUAAUAAAGUAUCGUCUCUCGUCUUUUUCUUUUGUUGUCUUUACAAUUUAUAAAUUACAAGAUUCACAAAGUUUAAUAUUCACCUCAAGAUAUUGUUUUUGUCUGCUUCUCACUUUGUUUAAAUUUUAUUUCAUGAUCACUUAUUUUGAAGACUUUAAAUAAUUGAAACAUUUACGUUUGUGAAAUUUGUAUUUCAAAAUCUAAUUUUUACCUAAUGUGUAUAUAAUUUUUUUUAAAGCUGAUAAGAUUUAGAGUGAUAAGAUUUGCGAAUAAAGUUUAAAUAUGCUUUUCAUAUUGAUUUUAGAUUUUAAUUGUUAUUUUUAAGUUUUCUAUACAUUAUGGCUAUUUAAACAUUUUAUUUGAUAUGAUCUUUUUUUUAAGAAUAUGCAUAUUAUUUAUAAAAUAUCACUAAAUUUAGUUUAAUCUAAGUAAACCGAUCAAACUCGGUUCAGACCCGGUUGAACCACAAUGACCCAUGAUCCAAAAAACUUUCGGUUCGCUAGCCGGUCCGGUUUUAAAAACACUGACCCUAAUUAAGCUCACGAAGUUGACCAGUUUUGUUCUCUCGAGUCUUGUACUCCCAGUAAGAGUACUUCAGCUUCUUCAAGUUGAGGAGUAGAGCAAAUAUUUAUUCAUGCUCAAGUGAUAACGACGACGUCAGCAAUGCCUAUUAACACUCUGUCCUCCAAAAUCUUCUUUCAGGCUUCAGGAGGUUUAGACUUCUUGAUUUCGGCCCACGAGUUGUCCAAAAACGCCACUUUAUGCGACCCAAGUUUUUUAGAAAGAGUUGAUUGGUUUAGCACUUUAGUAUUCGAACUAUCUAGAUACCUACCUAGAUAGAGGAAACGGAAAUUUUCCCAAAUCUACUAGGAUUUAAUUUAGGAAUUAAUUACCUAUCAUAAUCACUGUAACCGAUAUUACUAUAUUCUAAUAAACGUUACAUGUAUAUCGUGAGUCUAUAUAAAGCUCCACGACCUUCUCGUCUAACCCAUUCACAAACCGCUAAAAUAAUGGCGCUAGUCCGAAAACCUGCUGCCUCGUCCUCUUCUGCUGCUCGCGAUGGUAUCAAUCCAGGGAAGAUUAAAGUGCAGAUGAUCCGUAUAUGGAAGGGGGAUAAGAAUGAAUCAGGCAACUCGGUCGUUAUGGUUUUACUUGAUUCAUCGGGGACAAAUAUUCAUGCAACUAUAGGUGAAGCUUAUUCAAAAUGGAUUCAAAAUACUGGUGGUGCAACGAUCAACGAGUCAAAUAGAGGAAAUAUUGAAAUUGAUGUUCUUGAAGAUUUGAUGAUAGCUGACUGCAAGGACCCUAUCAAAACUUUAGUGAAGAAAGUUUAUGGAGAAUCUUUUCCAGAGUCCUAUAAUCCUGGGUUUUUUCACGGGAAAGCUAUUUUGUGUUCUACAAAUGAAGAUGUGGAUCAGAUUAAUGAUUAUAUGCUUUCGCAGAUAUCGGGUGAAGAAAAGGUGUGUCUGAGCGCUGACAGUAUUUCUCGAUUGAAUUCACACCCGAGUGACUACAUGCGAUACCCUCCAGAGCUUUUGAAUAGCAUCAAAGCCCCUGGAUUGCCUAACCAUUGUUUGAGAUUGAAGGUUGGUGUUCCUGUCAUCUUACUACAGGACAUUAUGCCUAACUAUGGACUAUGUAAUGGGACAAGACUUCAGAUUACACAACUGGGUGGUUUUGCGCUUGGGGCUAGAAUUAUAACAGGUGCUAAGAUUGGGGAGGAAGUCAUUAUCCCUAGGAUACCUACAUAUCCAACAGACGAAAAUUUUCCCAUCAAAAUGCAGCGUAAGCAGUUUCCGUUGGCAGUUUCGUUUGCAAUGACUAUAAACAAAAAUGAAGGACAGCCACUUUCUAAAAUUGGUAUCUAUCAACCAAGGCAAGUGCUCUCUCGUGGACCGAUGUAUGUUGCUGUAUCCAAAGGGAAGACUAGAGAUGGUUUGAAGGUUCUUGUUACAAAUAAAGAUGGGAAACCUAACGAAGAAACUGCAGAUGUUGUGAUCAAGGAGGUAGGUGUUUCAGAACACUGAGUCAACAAGUCUUAAUCUGUCUUUUACUAUAUCUAUUUCAGGGUGCAAACUGGUUAUUUUUAAGUCAUUUUGAUUUUCAUAGUUUUUCUUAUUUCAGACUAUUAUUAUGUUUUACAUUUUGGUCUAUUAUCAUUUGUUCUUGCGUCAGACUUUGUUCUAGUCAACAAUGUUGUGUUUAGGCAACAUGAACUUCAUGUAAUGGAGAUAUUCUACCUAGCUUUAUAUGAGACAUACUGAGCUCGAUAAACAGUCAUAAGACCUAAAACUAUAGAUGAUAUACAAAAUCUGCACACAAUGUUAACUAAGAAGAUAAUAAUAGAAAAGAACACUCAAACACAUUAACCUUUUGGUUUUAACUGUUAACAAACAAAGAGCAUAACUUAUUAAUCUGAUUUCUACACAGCGACUCAUAACUGAAACAACGUAUUACUAGUUAACACACUCCACGGCGGAAGUGAAUCUUAUAUAUUUUUUUCUUUCUAUCAAUUAGCUACUAGUAAAUUCAAACUCAAGUGACUGUGAAUUGAAUAAGGCAUCUUAGCAGGUGUAAACUGA